UAUUUUAUAAUGCGUAAUUGCAACGCGAUAGUGAUGUUCUCAAUGAAAUGGCUCGUCACCAACUGCAAUACUACGUCUAUGAUUGGUCGAGAGAUUUUUGCGCGGUGCAUUUCAGCCAAUCAGAGCAUUGUUUUCUCGCUCGUAUGUAAUGCCUCAGAUAAAUGGCGAACGGAAGGGCAAACUGUAAACAAAUACUACAGAACUGGACAUUUUAGACGAAUUGUGACUUUUAAGGGAGAAAUAGCUGAAAGUUGGGAAUACUGUCAAAAUCAAACGGAAAUAAUUGAUAUGCGAUAGUCAGCGAGAAUAUGAACUAGCCUCAUUCAGCGUUAAGAAGCUAUCUAGGCCUGCUGACAUUUGCGCAGAAUUGGAUAUUGGAAGUGCUGUAAUGCGAACGAGGGAUAGAGACCCGCACAGUUAACAAUUAUCAUUUAGAAUCUGUUUUAAAAACCACCAUAUACGUCGGAUAAAUUUAGUACUAGUCAGUAUCAUGAGUACAAACUCGGACAGCAGCCAGCCGUCCGAAAUUAACCAGAUGAAAAGAAGCGCAAGUCCGAGUGGAGAGUGUGAGACCACGCUGCUCAAGCAGGCGAAAGUAAGUGACGAGGAACCAAGAAAUGAGUCUCAUGAAGAUGCAGAACCCGAGAAAGUUGGGAAUGGUGAGCCAAAACCCGGAGCUGAGCUCCCCGAAGGAACUGAAGAGAAGGAGGUGGUAAUUCAGGAUGAAGCAGCCGCACAUGAGAGCACGAGACAAGCUGGCGGAGGUGAGAGCGCGCGCCAGCCGUCAGAUUCCGCUGCCAUCGCCGCAGCUGAGGCGCUCGCGAGUCUGACUGGCGGAGACGGGGACGAAGACUGUACAGAAAUGCCCUGUUCGUCCAAAAAACCGAGCCGAGAGAAAUCAAGAGAUAAGUCCAAUCGUCCAGGUUGCUCUCAGAGCGAGAGAAGGACGGAGGCAGCCGCGGCGGACAGCUCUUCAUCCCUGCUGAUCCGCGAGAACAGAAAAGAUCCAGAGCAGGCAUCGUUUGUGGAUGAUGAUGAGGAGGAGGAGGAAGAAGAAGACUCCCUUCCUGGCUCUUCCUCCACGGCUAGUUCGUCUGUCGCCUCUGAGAACGAGGAGAACGAGGACGGUGAGUGUGCCAUAGUGUCGGUGAAGAUGGCCCCGGAGGUGCGGCAGUCCGUCGCGCUGCUCGCGCAGGUACAGAUGCGUCUGGAUGCGCUGGAGAAGAAAGGCGCGCGUCUUCAUCAACGUCUGGAGAUAAAAGUGAGCCGCCAGCGACGCCCUCACCUGGACCAGCGCAGCGCCAUCACGCAAGCGAUCCCAGGCUUCUGGGUUACUGCUCUUCUGAAUCACCCACAUCUAUCAGCGCAAAUCGACGAGUCUGAUGAAGACGCUCUUAGUUACAUGACUAAUUUAGAGAUUGAAUCUUUCAAGAACAACAAACUGGGAUACCGCAUCUGCUUCCAUUUCCGGCGAAAUCCGUUCUUUCAAAACAAAAUGAUAGUGAAAGAACUUCAUCUUGGAAUGGGAGGGUCUCCGGUGUCCUUCUCAAACCCAAUUUUGUGGCACAGAGGGCAGAAUCUGGUCGGGAGUGGAGAACCUCGUCGAACAUCACAGGGAGUCUACCAGAGCUUCUUCCAUUGGUUCAGUGAUCACAGCAACCCAGGAAGGGAUGACAUAGCACAGAUCCUGAAGGAAGAUCUGUACAGAAAUCCUUUGAGGUAUUACCUGACUCCACUGUGGGAGCCACGAGAGAAUGGCAGCAGCGCUCCCAAACCUAAGGGCAGCAAUAACGGAGACGAAUGUGUGAUCAUCUCAGAUUCAGACGAAGAUGAAGAGCAGAAUAGCCAAAACAUGGAGCAGGAGGAUGAUGAACGGGAUGACCAAGUUGGAGGCUCAGAAGAGAAUGACAGAGAUGAGGGGGAAUCCUCCUAUGAGGAGAGAAAUGAAGAGGAAGUGGAUGUUGAGGAAGUAGAAGAGUCACGUGACUCCGGUGGCUGUGAGGUCAGAGACCAAGGAAAGGAAGAAGAAGAUAUUGAUGUCGAUGAAGAGAAGAGUUAGGGUGUGGUGUUGUCUCCGUUUCUUUUUAUGCAGAAUAGCAUCAUUAGAUUUUUCUAUGAUCUAUUUUACUGAUUGUUUUCUGGAUAAAUUAACAAGUGUUAAUGUUGCUUGAUGAUCAUGGUUUAACCAUAUCUUCAUUGUAGAUGGUACUUUCUAUACAUCAGAGAUGAUGAAUAUUCAGA